GUAAAAUAAUGUACUAUUACGGAGUUAACUUUUUGACCUAAUUAUCGCUUCUUCUAUUUGUAUUUCUUAUGUAAAUUGAUAAAAUAUUCAGAUCUAUGAAUGAUUUUGCCCGUGGAGAAUUUAAGUUCGACACAAAAACAGUACAAGUAGAAAAUUUUAAUAAGAAUCCAAAUGUAACAUUUAGGAUUCCUAUUCCACUGGGGAAUUUAGACUUAAAUCAGGAAUCUCAACCUGAAUCUCUUCCUUACAAACCGCCAGAUUCCUUAUUUUCCCAAAAUCAACACUCAGUUAAUGUUAGAACUCCAUUUAAAACCCUUAUAGAAAAGAAGAUUCCUGAUAUAGAGAAGUUAUUUGAGGUGCGAAUGUCCUUACAGGAUGUAGACGGUGACUUGAAAUUAAUCUCAUCCGGCGAAAAGGCAGAACCAUCAAUAAACGAGAUCAUAGAUAUUUGCAGGAAGAGUAAUGUAUAUAACUUCUAUUUGUGUUUCCCAGUCAGAGGAGAUCAGUUUCAUAAGAGUUUCUCAGAAUUCCAAAAAUUAGUAAAGAAUAAAUUAGGUGGUAAUGUUACAUUUGAGAAACGACCUCAUAUUACCUUGGCCCUUGUCAACCUUGUAACUGAUUCAGAUAUAUAUAAAGUCGUACGAGCAUUUCAAAUCACCUCCCUAACAAUUACGUCCGUACUUAAACAGCAAUCGCAAAAUUAUCAUAGUCAGUAUAACGUAGACCUAGAAGGACUUGAUUUUAUAAAAUACAAAGGAAAGUUAGCCAAAAGAAGUGUACUUUUUACAAAUGUCGUUAUGAGUGAAGCAUUAACUGAUAUAGCAAGUGAAUUCCAAAACACCCUCAACAAAACAGUUAAUACAUUCAUGAACAAACCGAAAAGAAGAAAAAUUAACAAGUCUAACAGAAUAUCUAACCUAACUGAAUCCCAACUAGCUCCUAAAGGGAUUUACCUAUCACGUGGAGGAGCCGUUGAAAUAACAUUUACAGACGUUCCGCUGGUAGACCCCAAUUACAUGAAAACGACUUCUGAAAACUCUGAAAAAGAUACUCAUUAUGAAGAAAACCUUGUAUCUGAAGUUAAUGAGCCAGAAACUCAAGAACAGGAAACUGAAACUGAAACGGUAAAAAAGGAAAGCGAGAGUGAUGAAGAAGAAAGCUAUGAAUACGACACGUCAGUAAAAAACAAGUUCCAUGUGACACUAAUGAGGCACCAGCAGGUUAAUAUUUUAUCCAACCUUAAGUUCUCAGGCAAAACUCAAGUGGUAUGCGCUGAACUCAGACCAAGGAGGGGAGAGACCUGCAAUUUCAACUCUUACAACUCUACGGAACUAACGUCCUUUGUAGGAACGAGUUAUGACAACGAGGAAAAUGAAGAUAUCGCAACAACAAGAAUAUGUAGCUCUAGGCCAAAAGACAUUCCAAAUGAUCACCUGGUUGACAUGAAUACUGAUAAUAAUAACAAGGCUGAAAGAUUCCUGUUUUGGAUAUAAACCAGAAUAUAAUAUUUUAAUUAAAAUUUUGUUACAUUUUUAAUAGUAUAACAGAGAGGACUAGGCAAAUCGUUCUUUUUAGAGUGAACAAUCUCCUCGUCAUACCAUUCGACCUCAACACCGUCAGGCCCAUUCAAUAAAUGACUAGCAGUGGACCAGCUGUAACGAACAAUAUCAGGGAAUCCAAAGAUUUUGUCC